GAUGGCCGAGUGAUCAGAUUAGAGGUGUCAGUGUUCGUUAAUCUGUGAGGGAGCGACAGGCAGCUACACGCGCUGCUUUCGCCCGUCGUUUCAUUCAGCGGCGGUAGAGGGGAGUGGAGCAGAUUCUAUAUUGACGUCCAUCGGGGAAUUUCCCCUCUUUUUUUCACCCUCUUUUUUUUUUUUUUAACAAUGGAUUCCUGCGGGGUACGAGCCUGGGUGUUUCUGUUCCUGCUGUGGCAGGACGGUUGUUGGGCUUCGCAGUUUCCGACACAGCUCAUGAUUAAAGAAUGGGUUGAUCAGAUGCAGAAAGAGCUUGUUACCCUGGCAGACACAGCCGCAGCUGGGAAGAGCCUCACUCAGAUUUUUCUGAGCAACCAGCACCUCUACACUGUGGAGCAAAACGACGCGGAGGAGCUAGUGGCCAGAGCAGCCAGGAACAUAGAGCAGCUGCUACACAAGAGGUCUGCUGCAUUGGAGAAACUGGCCACAGCUGCUGAAGAGUUCCAAAUGAAGCAUCAGUGGAAGGACGAUUUCGAGGAUGAUGAAAUUGCCUACUACAACGCAAAGGACAAUCUGGAUGCAAAUGAGACAGAGGGAAGAAAGAACAGGAUUCGACCAGACUUUCAAGAGGACCCCUCGUUUAAACGUUUGACUGACUACAACCACACGGCUGUCCACAUUCCCACUGACAUCUAUGAUGGCUCCACCAUUGUGCUGAAUGAAUUAACCUGGACGGAGGAACUGAAGGAAGUGUUUAGAAAGAAUAGAGAGGAUGACCCAACCCUACUCUGGCAGGUGUUUGGCAGUGCCACUGGCCUGGCUCGCUAUUAUCCAGCUUCUCCCUGGAUGGACGCUCGUAAGACCCCUAGUAAAAUAGAUCUCUACGAUGUGCGCAGGAGGCCAUGGUACAUUCAAGGAGCCGCCUCACCGAAAGAUAUGCUAAUUCUCGUGGAUGCGAGUGGGAGUGUGUCUGGCUUGACGCUAAAACUGAUCAGGACCUCUGUCAGCGAGAUGCUGGAGACUCUUUCUGACGAUGACUAUGUCAACGUAGUCAGUUUUAACACACUGGUGAAAAACACGGCGUGCUUCGACCGUCUGGUUCAAGCCAACGUGAGGAACAAAAAGCUGCUGAAGGAUGCCGUGCAGAACAUCAGCGCUAAAGGAAUUACAGACUACACAAAGGGCUUUGAGUUUGCUUUUAAGCAGCUCUCUGCGACUAAUGUGAGCAGAGCAAACUGCAACAAGAUUAUCAUGCUGUUCACUGAUGGAGGAGAGGAGAGAGCCCAGGCCAUAUUGGAGAAAUAUAAUGCUGACAAAAAGGUUAGGAUCUUCACCUUCUCAGUAGGACAACACAACUAUGACAAAGGACCCAUCCAAUGGAUGGCCUGCUCGAACAAAGGUUAUUUCUAUGAGAUUCCAUCCAUAGGAGCCAUCAGAAUAAACACACAGGAAUAUCUAGAUGUCCUGGGAAGACCUAUGGUUCUAGCAGACAAGCAGGCCAAACAAGUCCAGUGGACUAACGUAUACCUUGAUGCUCUGGAGCUUGGUCUCGUCAUCACUGGAACGCUACCUGUCUUCAACAGAACCAAGACCAUAGAUAAAAGAAACGAGGAGCACCAGAAUCAGUUGAUUCUUGGCGUAAUGGCGAUUGACGUGUCUCUUGAUGACAUCAAGAAGCUCACACCACGCUUCACAAUUGGUCCAAAUGGUUACUACUUUGCCAUAGAUCCCAAUGGAUAUGUGCUGCUGCACCCCAAUCUCCAGCCAAAGAAUCCUAAAUUUCAGGAGCCUGUUACUCUGGACUUUCUGGAUGCUGAGUUGGAGAACGACAUCAAAAUAGAGAUCAGGAGAAUGAUGAUUGAUGGUGAAACAGGAGAGCGCACCAUUAACACUCUGGUCAAAACUCAGGAUGAGAGGUAUAUAGAUAGUGGAAUCAGGACCUACACGUGGGCACCAGUCAAUGGAACAGACUACAGCCUGGCUCUUGUGUUGCCUAAAUACAGUGAACACUUCAUUCAAGCUAAACUGGGGGAUGAUAUUAAACAAGCCAUGUCUUCUUCUUGGGGGCAAGAAGCAAUGGAGACCUUGCAACAGGAGAGAUUUGAUGAAUUUGGUUAUACCUACAUUGCUCCAAGGGAGUACUGCAAAGAGCUGAAGUUGUCACUCAACAACACCCAAUUUCUCCUCGACUUCAACCAGUACAUUGAUAGAAACACUCCAGAUGCAUGUAAUGUGUCCCUUGUGAGUCGACUGAUCCUGGAUGCAGGUUUGACAGCUGAACUGGUUAAACUUUGGAGCGAGCAGACCGUGGAUGGGAUAGUGGCCAGGUUUGUAGCUACAGAUGGAGGAAUCACAAGACUCUAUCCAAGAAGCGCUGGGGAAGAGUGGACUGAGAAUCCUGAGACAUAUGAGUCAAGUUUCUACAAGCGGACCCUGGACAAUGAAAUUUAUAUUUUCACAGCUCCAUCUUUCAACGCAGAGAGUGGGGAGUCUGUGUCUGAGUCAGGUAUUCUGGUGAGCAAAGCAGUGGAUCUUGUCAUUAAUGAAGUCACGCUCAAACCAGCAGUGGUGGGAGUGAAACUCAAUGUCUCAUUCUGGAUGAACAGUUUCAUGAAUGCCACACUGAAACUGAAUUGCAAAGAUGAGAUUUGCGGCUGUCUAAGGAAUGACAAGCAUGUGGACUGUGUGAUACUGGAUGAUGGAGGAUUUCUUCUCAUGUCCAACAAGGAUGAGUACAUUACCCUGAUAGGUCAGUUUUUUGGUGAGGUGGAUCCAGUGCUGAUGACCAACCUGGUCAACACCUCCCUGUACUCCUUGAACAAGACUUACGACUAUCAGUCUGUCUGUGAUCCAGAGAAAGACAGCAAGGCAGCAGCUGGACCCCGCUCCGUCUAUGUGCCUACCAUUGCAGACUUUCUCAGUAUUGGCUGGGGGGCAUCCACUGCUGCCUGGUCAGUACUUCAGCAGCUCUUCUUGGGUCUCAUGUUCCCCAGCCUUCUACAGGCAGAGUCGACAGAUGACGACAUAUCAGAUGCCAUGUUUAAAGAAAGCUGUAUCACAGAGCAGACUCAAUAUUUCUUUGACAACGACGAAAAAUCCUACUCAGGUGUCCUGGACUGUGGAAACUGUUCCAGGAUGUACCGUGCUGAGAAGCUGCCAAACACCAACCUUGUGUUUUUAAUCACUGAUGCCAAAGCAACAUGUUUGUCAUGUGACCCCAGACCACUGCGACAGGCUGAACAGCCCUCUGAAGGUCCAGAUCCAUGUGACAUGGUUGAUAAAGCCAGAUAUCGCAAAGGGCCGGACGUGUGCUUUGACAACAAUGAAUAUGAUGAACCUUUGUGCCCAGUCAGCAAAGGUUCUACAAUGAGCCCUACACCUUUACUGUUGUUUCUGGUUCUGGCUUCAGGGAAGACGAUUCUGAUUGUGGAGGAGGGACUUGUCUAAGACCGAGCCUCUGGCCAGUGUUCGGGUUUCAGCUGCUGCUGUUGUGGCUCAGCACAUCUUUGCAACACUCAUGACCCCUACACGCGAUUACAUACACUCAUACACUGAUCAUCAAGUCAUUUCGCUGGAGGCCAGAAGACACUCGAGUUGCACCAUACAGGAUGUAUGCAGAAUAUUUGCAACAAGACAUUUUUAUUUUCUCAAGACCAAUAUCAGCAUUUCCAUUUGCCAAUGCCAAAGGGUGCUCAUUCAUUACCUCCUCAUUAUUUUCCAAGAAGAGAGACACAUUUACUGUGCUCAGCGGCACUCAUUUUCAUGAUAUACUCCUUAAUAUUCUCCUAUGGUGCAAGAGUAAGAGCUAACCAAACCCUUUAAUUCUGCCUCAUUUUCUCUUGUGUGUCUGAUUUAUUUUGAGGAGGUUGAAAGACGUUUUCCCACUAUGCCAACUAAAUCUCAUUCGAAGCCUGUAUGUUCACUGACAGCAUUGAUUUGUGUGGUUGUCGGUAUUGUUUGUUGCUUAUUAUAUUCAUUGUGUAUGAAUAAGUAUGCUGUAAGGAUCGUUUAUUUUGGCAACCAGAGCAAGUAUUAAGAGUAUCCCUUUUGAUUUGUUUUUAAAUGUACUUUACCAACCUAUCUACAUUUCACUUUUGUACUCAAAAUCAGUAAGCAUUUUGUGUCUAGCUAGGUGUUGUAUUGUAGCAGCAUGUGCUCAGUACAGAGCGAAAGACAACACCGACUUUUUGACACCAAAGCUCCACACAGUACCAAUGACCGCAAACCUACUAAAGAGAAUCUGCACAAUAGCUUAAUUCGAGAUAUUCCUCCGAUGUGGGUGUACAUCAGUAAACAAGCUACAUUAUUAGCUAGAUAUUAUAGAUAUUUCACCAAGAGAUAAGUGAGGUCAGGUUGCAUCCAAUGUGAUAAUCUAUUAGGAUAUUGCAAUUUUACAAAUAUAUUUGUACUUCAAGUGACAGCUUUGGUUGUCUUCAGUUUGAUGCAUCAAAUUCCCAGUGCCUAUGUAGUAAAUCAAACUGUCUGGUAUUUGAAUGAAGCAACACAUCAGAUUUGUAUUCUUACCACAUAUGCUUCUAUGCUAACGCUUGCUGCAGUUUAGCAGAGAGGGUAUCCCUUGCAGUAAUUUGUUAUGAAAUAGUCUAAAUCUGCUGCAGUUCUUCUAAUUUUUUGGCUUACAGAUAGGUGAUGGAAACAACCGUUGACUUUGAUGAUGAGAGAGGAAUAUCAUUCCCCUCUUUUGCCAAAACAAAGCUAAGCCAGGCUUGAGUUUGGGUUCCAACACCUCUCUUUAUUAAUCCUGUUUCUGUUUCCUUUCUGGAUCGCCAGACUCAGGAGCCAAGAUGACUUGUGAAUGAGAUCAGCAUAUCAAAAUGACUGUUUCUUUGUUUUCUUGCUGUUCUCUUUAUGCUUGUUUCCUCUUUGUGUUGCUCUAUAAGUGCUGUGAAGCAGACGCUGAAGGCUCAGUGUCGAAAUGCUGCAAUGUCAUGGGAUGAGCUUGUUCUGUGUUUGAACUCUGUCUAUGCCUACGAUCAGCAUCAGGGCAUGCUGGAGAGAACUUUGAGAGCACUCUUUUACCAAUGAUAAUUUUCCAUUGCCUUACUUUGUCUUAGGUUUUAGUAAGUCAUAAAGAUCAUACAUAAGUUCAUCUUUUCCCUGUUUUGUUUUGUUUUUUUUUAAGAAUAAAAGUAACGUUCUCUCCACCUCGCCUUCAUGGUGAUAUACUGGUGUGAUCAGGUUAUGCUGUCUAGCAAAGUUAUGUGUUGACUUGUGUUUUACCCUGAGGGUCCCCUGUCUGUGUGCAGGCAUGUAUGUGUCCCUCCGAUAUCUGAUUGUGCUUUAAUACCGUACAUGAAAUACUCUUUUGUGGAUCUUCACUAGCCUGAAUAAAUUUUGUAUACAUUUGUACACUAAUACUAUUUACUGUAAAAAAGAGAAAAUGGAAGAAAUGAAAAAAAAUGUUUAUAAUAUGGUGUUAGUUAUUGUGCAUAUAUAAUAAAUUCACAAAAAAACGUUGUAUUA